UUUUGACACGAGGAAGAGCAUUUUCCGCCUAAGGCGGGGUCACCAUCUCUGUUGGCAAAGUUUGGCUGUUGAGACUGAGCGGUCGGCAAAAUCAGCAUAAGCACAUCGAGCCUAAAUCCCGGUUGUCCGUUUUCCAGCUCUUGCUGUCGUGUAAGCGUGCAGUGUACGUUAGCGUACGGCUGUCGUGAUCUGACUGCAGUCAUGUCCGAAGACCCGAGCUCUCACCCUUGGUCUAUCGACAAGGAUGACUAUGAGCUUCAGGAGGUGAUCGGGAGUGGAGCAACAGCUGUGGUCCAGGCAGCAUAUUGCAAACCCAGGAAAGAGAAGGUGGCCAUUAAACGCAUCAAUCUUGAGAAAUGCCAGACCAGCAUGGAUGAGCUUCUGAAAGAGAUCCAGGCAAUGAGCCAGUGCCAUCACCCAAAUAUUGUGUCUUAUUACACUUCCUUUGUGGUCAAGGAUGAGCUUUGGCUGGUCAUGAAGUUGCUCAGUGGUGGCUCAGUUCUUGAUUUUAUCAAGUACAUAAUUUCCAAAGGGGAGCACAAAUCGGGUGUCAUGGAUGAGGCCAGCAUUGCCACCAUACUAAAAGAGGUGCUAGAAGGUCUUGAUUAUCUGCACAAAAAUGGCCAGAUUCACAGGGAUGUGAAGGCUGGAAAUAUUCUUUUAGGAGAAGACGGCUCUGUUCAAAUUGCAGACUUUGGUGUUAGUGCCUUUUUAGCAACUGGUGGAGACAUGACUAGAAACAAAGUGAGGAAGACGUUUGUAGGAACCCCAUGCUGGAUGGCGCCUGAGGUGAUGGAGCAGGUUAGGGGUUAUGAUUUCAAAGCUGAUAUCUGGAGUUUUGGGAUUACGGCUAUUGAGCUGGCAACCGGGGCUGCUCCAUAUCACAAAUAUCCUCCAAUGAAGGUUCUCAUGUUAACCCUGCAGAAUGACCCUCCUUGUCUAGAGACUGGAGUUACAGAUAAAGAGAUGGUUAAAAAAUACGGCAAAUCUUUUCGGAAGAUGAUCUACUUGUGCCUCCAGAAGGAUCCAGAAAAACGGCCUACGGCUGCUGAACUUUUAAAACACAAGUUCUUCACAAAAGCCAAGAACAAUGAAUACUUGAAAGAAAAAUUGCUGGACAGGGCGCCAACAAUAGGAGAGAGAUCAAGGAAGGUGCGGAGGGUUCCGGGCUCCAGCGGUCGACUACACAAGACUGAGGAUGGAGAGUGGGAAUGGAGUGAUGAUGAGCUGGACUUGGAGAGUGAGGAAGGAAAAGCAGCAGUAGCCGCUUUACGGUCACCAAGAGUAAAGGAGGAGGCUGUACAAAAUGCGGAGAUCUUUCCAGCAGAUCCAUCAAGCUUCCUGCAGCCAGCAGCUGCAGGACAGUCUGAAGUGCCCCAUGCUGCGGAUGACACUGCCACGAUAUCAGCGUCCUCUCCAGGCUCCCAGGCUGGUGGACCUACUACAACAGGGCAGGACUCAGCCAAAAUCCCCAUCAGCCUGGUACUAAGAUUAAGGAAUACAAAGAAAGAGCUGAACGAUAUCAGAUUUGAGUUCAUGCCUGGGAGAGACACAGCUGAUGGAGUGUCUCAGGAGCUUGUGUCUGCAGGACUGGUGGAUGGGAGAGACUUAGUCAUUGUUGCAGCCAAUUUGCAGAAAAUCGUUGACGAUCCACAAACCCACAAAAAUGUCACUUUCAAGUUGGCAUCGGGAGUGGACAGCUCUGAAAUUCCAGAUGACGUUAAACUCAUGGGAUUCGCUCAGCUGAGUAUAAGUUAAAAACAAAGUAUUACCAGCAACGGGGAAAAAAAACAGACUUGUUUGCACAACAGUGCAUUGUAAAUGCUUUCAUUGGCCUAAAGAAACCACUACUGCCAAAGAGACAGAAGGAACCUGACACCGCAUAGGAUUAACAAAUGUUGCAUCCGAGUUCUUCAUAGGAGCGCACCUCAGAUGUUUACAGUGUUCAUGUAUGUUUUGCUUUCUCUGUUGCUUUAAACAUUUGCACAAUCUGAACCAACUCCUAAUACUGGUAGAUGUCAAAAGAAUGCCUUACUUUCGAUAGUACUACUGAAUUUACAACUGUAGGUAGACAGUAGCUGUGGAUCUCAUCUGUGAAAUGAAUGAGUUACUGUGUGUGCUUUCAGCUGUGUACCUCAAUGGAGGGUGGAGGGGAGGGUUGUCAUUCAAUAGCAUUUAAGGGUGCAUGUUGGCACACCUAUAAAGUCAGCUGUUCAGUACAUCACUCUGUAAUAUGGUCCAUCAUUUUGGAGCGAUCAACAUUGUAUGGUUUUACACAUUAUCCAGUAAACAUGGGAGCCAUGUCACCCACAACCCCGUCAUACAUGUUUCACCUGUGCACUGCACCUCAGAGUUACACGUUUCAGCUGCUUUCUUACUAUCGGGAUACAUUCCCAUCGUUUUGCAUGGGCUAAUGCCAGACUGCAUGAAUGAUUUGUAACUUAAGAUAUGCUGAUCAUUUUGCUCUCACUUAAUUUUGCCGGCUCUUUAUGAAAACAGGAGGUGAAAGAGAUGAAAUUAGAUAUUGAGCUUGUUAAAAAAACAUGAACAAGAAUUUGAGAGUUCUCAUCAAAUUGAUCUCUUUCUUAAAGGAUGCAUAUGCUGUUGUUUCAGAAAACAAUUGUAAUUCUCUGGAAAUUGUGCGUUUCACUUUAUAUUGGAAAGAGGGUAUAUGCAAUUUUGUUGAUUGAGCAUAAUGUUAUAAGUUUCAUUUAUAUGCAUAUCUGUUAAGUAUCGUGGCAGCUGUUUGGAUAGUGUUACAGAACUAGAUUUCAGAUUUUUAGUUUUUUAUAAUUUUCUUUUCUUUGAAGGAAAUUCCAGUGCUUGCAAGGCAGUAAAUGAUUAGCAUUAACAUUUUUUUGGUAAAAUCACUGACAGUUAUGUUUUGAAUUCUCAAUAUUCUAUUAUUCAAUGGGAGAUUUUAAACGCAUUUUUAAAGUUCUCAAUCUAUAAGCAAAACAAAGCUGGAAUGUAGUCUAUACGUGGAACUGAAUGCAAAUAUAUGUAUAGAAAAAAGGAAAAAUAUGACUUGCAAUACAUUGCCAGCCUUGCAAGCACUGUUAAUGAAGUGAAGACCAGUGAAGCAUGGGACUCCGUCACUGACCAGCAAGAAACAAAAGAAAAGUGACUUUAGGACUCAUCCCAUGUCCAAGUAAUAUUGGCAAUAGGAUCCAUUGAAUUUGAAUUUGUGGGUCUGUUUGUGUCUUUUGUAAAUAUUUAAGUUCAUUACAUCUUCUUGCUUAAUAUCAUCUGUCUCCGCUGCAGACUGAUGUCUGAUUCCAUGUUAUAUAGGCAGAAAAUGUGUUCACAUGCAACUGCUAUUUUUUACCUUU